AUGAUGUCUCGAAUCCUUCUUUUCCUUACUAUAAUCGCACUUUGUUUCGCAGUGGUACAAGGUGCACCUACACCUACUAAAGUGACUCGAAAUGAAAGAUUGACCAAUGCUCAACGGAUUUCAAGAGGUCUCCAACCCAGAGCUCCAGAAAGAUUAUAUGAUCCCCUUGUUCGACGACAACCUGCACCAUCGAAUCUACCUUAG